UCCUCUUUACUUUUCUUUUCCAACGUAAUCUUACAUAUUCCCCGUUUCUGUACCCCAAAUCAACGCCUUCCUUUUGGGCCCAAUACAUUUACGUUGGUCCAGUGAAGCCCAUGUGAGAUGAAGCCGGUUCGAUAGCCCUAAUCCCCCGUUCCAUUAUGUAUGGCCAUACUUCCGCCUAUGGUGAUCGAUCACUCUACACGCAUUUCCCUCCAAAUACUAUCCUGGUCCUCAUUGCAUACCAGACGCUACUCUAACCAUGUCUAGUAGUGAGCUUGCCUGCGCCUACGCCGCCCUAGCUCUUUACGACGAUGGGAUUGCAAUCACUGCGGAUAAGAUUGCUGCUGUAGUAGCAGCUGCGGGGCUCUGUGUGGAAUCAUACUGGCCCAGCCUGUUUGCAAAAUUGGCAGAGAAGAGGGAUAUUGGGGACCUUCUUCUGAAUGUUGGCUGUGGAGGUGGCGCUGCGGCUCCCGUGUCUGUUGCUGCUUCUGCCAGUGGUGCUUCCGCCUCUGCUGCUGCUCCUGCUGUUGAGGAAAAGAAGGAGGAGCCGAAGGAAGAGAGCGACGACGACAUGGGGUUCAGUUUAUUCGAUUAGGAAGCUCUUUUAUCCUACUAUUCAAUUGGAUUAGAGAAUUUUUGGGUUCAUCUUCAUUUUUCUCCGCUCAAUUGUCUCUAGUGUUUUUUAUUUAAUAGUGUAUUUAUAGUUGUUUAUUUGCCCUUCAUGUACGAUGGAAAAUUUAUUUGACUUACUUAACAUUGCAGUAAGACUAAACCGUAUGAGAGGAAAUCUUUGAGGGUUAAACCCUGGAACAGCGUAUUCUUUCUUUUUGAUUUUAGAUUAUUUGAUAGCAAAAGGAGAGGACACGUCUUUUCACUUUGGUUUGAUUUUGAAAUUUUCACUAACUCAAUUUUGGUAUUCUUAUAAAGUUAAGUGGAGCUUGAACAAAGCAAGGAAGCCCAGAAGGAAUCAUGUUAAUGAUAUUGCCAUAUAAUUUGUGGAAAAUGUAAAGCCCAUGCCCGACACCGUGGGCUUAAGCGUGGUGCGGCCUAGUUGCACAUUGUGGCGCAUCCAACUGUUUUUAAGGUAAUCAAAUUUAAUUUCAGAACCGAAAAAGAAACAGUGAAAUAAAAGAAUGAUCCGAAAUUUGUGAUAAAUUCAGUAAUUUACUCUCUACACGAUUAGGAGAAGCUUCGAUAGGCGUGUACGACUCUAUCAUGGAGAAUCGAGAGGACUCGAGAAUUGGGCAGCACGACACGUAAAUCCAAUGUAUUCCGACACCUAAUCCACGUAACUCCAACCAUAGUUGUUCUUAUCCAGUCCACCCUGGAGGCUAAAUCCGGGCCGUGUGUCCAGAAUCGAUUGAGUGAUUGAACGUUUGAUGCAGUGGAGUCAAAGCGAAGGGGGUCCAAGUCCAAGCUUCUAGACGUCGCCCUCCCUAGAAGCUUCUACCUCCUCCUUUACUUAUAAGAGCUUCUCCUCUUCCCCGGUCCUCCAUCAGGUCUUAAACAUCGUACAGCUUUCUUCUGCCUCUAUUUCUCAUCACUGUUAUAUUUUAUUGUCCGAUUCAUAAAGGAGUAAGGAUGAGGAAGAUCAUCUCUUUCUUCGGCUCCGGCAGUGGAUCCUAUGGACAGCCCACCAAGCUGACGGAGGGCGCCGCUGAGACCGUGAGCUCCAAUAAAGAUAACCAAAUACGCAGAAUUAAGGAGCAGCCCCAUAGGAAAAGGAGUGCCCAACCCAGGUUCGCGCCGGAGUUGGAUGGAGUCCACUGCUUUGAGACCAUUCUCCCUUCCUGAUGCCGAUGCCGAUGCCGAUGCUUGGAGUGUUUUCCCUCUUUUCCAUUUUCUUCCUUUGUUAGUACCCUUCCCUGGAUGCCUGCGUGUGUUCACUGUACAUUUCAAAUUUCAUUCAUCAAUAAUAUAUCACAGCUCUGCCGGAUUAAAUUUUUA